AUGGCGAGGCCGCUCGGCCUCCCCAGAUCUGGCCUCCCCGCUCUAUUAGAGAGCGGCAGUAAAGAGGAUGUUUUCUUCGAUUCGAAGCCCUGGUUAGAGUACGACUGUGAAGAUGUUUUUUCAGUGUCAAUGGUGACAUGUGUGGUGGUUCGUGAUUUCACUCCUUCUCGUGGGAGUACUCCUUCCCGUGGAAACACUCCUAUCCACCCAUCCUUAUUCAGGGGAACACAAUUGGUUAAGAAUGCCCCUCGGGACAAAGCACCUGUCCUUGUUCCCAAGCCUUCCCCAACAAGUAAGAAAAAGAAACUCGCUGAACUUUUCCGAGAUAGCCUCACGGAUCAAGAAGAUGUUGCCGAUCAUGAUGCUUCGGCUCACAAAGCUAUGGCAGAAGAAAAGGCUGAAGCCAAGCCAACUAUACUCGAUGUUCUUCUGAUCUCUGAUCAAGGAACGCCUUCCACUUUCAUGUGUAGCGGCGAAAGGACUCCUAAUGGAGACCAUGUGAUGGAGGAGCAGAAACCGGUUAGAACUGUGACUUGUUGCCUCCCUAGAUUGUCUUCAUACGGCGGUUUUACUGAGAGGAAUAAGAAGAUGAGCUCUGCAAUAACCGUGCAUGAUUAA